CCAUUCACCUAUGCAAGGACAAGCCACGUUCACAGCCACUGGAGGUGUUCGAUGACAUUCAGCAAUGGGACAGGUCCUCUAUGGAAGUGGAGAUUAGUGAGACUACGUUUAAUAGAUGGGUGAAUUACACCACAAGCCCAGGCAGCUCAAGAACAUGGGAUGGGACCAAGGGGCGCUGCCCUUACUUGUGGAUAUUCCAGUUAUCAUAGGCUGCUAGAGUCAAGCUUGGCAGAUUUGAAAAAGAAAGAGGAUUGCCUUCUUUGUCCCACAGGGUGUGCUGCUAAUAUGGCCUUGAUGAGCACAAUAGGAAGUUUGGCUUCUCUCUUAGCUGGGAAGGAAUUACCUUCUGGUGAUGAAAUGACUGCCGUCUUUUCUGAUGCAUUAAACCAUGCGUCAAUCAUUGACGGUAUUCGUGUUGCUGAGCGGCAAAAAGGAGUCAAAUUGUACAUAUAUAAACAUUGUGACAUGUCCCACCUCAAUGAGCUCUUAUCUCAAUGUAGAAUGAGGAGGAAAGUUGUGGUGACUGACAGUUUGUUUAGCAUGGAUGGGGACUAUGCACCAAUGGUUGAGCUUGCAAAACUUCGCAAGAAGCAUGACUUUUUGUUUGUCAUUGAUGAUGCUCAUGGAACAUUUGUUUGUGGCAAAAAUGGUGGUGGUGUUGCUGAGGAGUUCAACUGUGAAAAGGAUGUGGACAUAUGCAUUGGUACUCUAAGUAAAGUUGCUGGCUGCCAUGGAGGAUUUAUAGCAUGCAGCGAAAGCUGGAAGCUAUUAAUACAGUCAAGAGGUCGUUCAUUCAUAUUUUCAACUGCUACGCCAGUUCCAGUUGCUGCUGCUGCUCACGCUGCUGUUGGAGUUGCAAAACAUGAGACAUGGCGUAGAAAGGCUAUAUGGAACCAUGUGAAAGACUUUCAUUUGCUUACAGGAAUCCCUGUUACAAGUCACAUUAUAUCUCUAGUAGUUGGCAGUGAAGACAAAGCACUACAAGCAAGGCGGUUUUUAUUGCAAUCUGGCUUCCACGUGACUGCAAUCGGACCACCAGUUGUGCCUCCUAACUCAUGCAGGCUGCGAGUGGCCCUAAGCACAGUUCAUACAAGGCAAGAUUUGGAAAAUCUCACAGCUGCACUCUCCCGUUGCAUAAAUUUCCAGGUCGUCCGUAUGUAUAGCAGCAAUGGCUAUGCAAGAUUGUAGCUUUUGAUAUUCUUUCAAAAUGAGUUUCACUAAUGUAAUUGACAAUAACCUGAAAUAAGUACACGGUGCUUUAUUAGUGGUUCAAUUCAAUUAGAUUCCAUUUAUAGUGGUUAGCUCCA